AACAGACAGACGAUCAUGGCUUCUAUGGAGAAAAGACUGCAAAAAGAACUAACAGCAUUAAUGAAAGAUCCUCCUACAGGUGUUAAAGUAGAUGCUGAAAGUAUUUAUAAGAAUUUAUCUGAAUGGAUAGUUGACCUUGAUGGAGCCCCUGGAACAUUGUAUGCUGGGGAGAGUUUGCAGUUAUUAUUUAAGUUUGGUUCGAGAUAUCCAUUUGAUUCACCACAAGUUAUGUUUGUAGGACCAAAUAUACCUGUUCAUCCACACGUAUACAGUAAUGGACAUAUAUGUUUGUCAAUUCUCACAGAAGACUGGUCUCCUGCUCUAUCUGUUCAAGCUGUUUGUCUUAGUAUUGUCAGUAUGUUAUCUAGUUGUACAGAAAAGAAGAGACCACCUGAUAAUGCUUUUUAUAUAAAAACCUGUAGUAAAAAUCCUAAGAAAACAAGAUGGUGGUAUCAUGAUGAUAAUGUAUGAGGAUGAAGCUUUGUAGGUGGCAAACUUUUUAAUUUAAACAGACAACUUGAACAUUUAGAUUCUGAAGGAUGUUAAACCAAGUUAGACCUGCAUGGAAAUAUUUGUUUACAGUUGUAGAUAAUGCGAAAAAUCUGAUAAACAUCUGUUGUAAAGGUUCAACACUGAUUUCUUUGAAGAUUUAUUCUGUACUUCUUUUACAUAUCUUGUUUCAAGGAGUGGAAAAUGUAUUGUUGUAUAUACAUCAUAUAUGUUUAUAAGGGUAGUGACUGAGCCCACACAUAAGAAUUUGUUAUUUUUGUAUGUUUGUGUUUUUUUCUUCAAAGUAUGUUUUAAUUUGUGCAUAAUAAAUCUUCCAUUUUUUUCCCAAUAUGUCAACCAUUAAGUCAGUGAUAUAUUCAGUAAUUGUUUGCUCCAAAACAAAUAGAGACAUUUAGAGCCUAUUUUUGUUAAGUUUUAAAUAUCAUUUAUAAAAAAAAGAUAUAUUUUAAGCAACACUUAAACCACUGAUUUAUUUAAAGCGUCAAAACAUACUUGUAUUUCUUGUUUUCUAUGAGAAGAUAAAAUCAUACUUGAUUCAUUAUUAUUUGUGUUGUAAUUUAUGAGGAUUUGUAGUUAAAAGUGAAACAUAAUGUGUUCAGCUAAAUCUGUAGACUUUUUUGCGUAAUUUUGGUGAACACAUGAAAUCAUCUAUCCCUGAAAAAACUUUUUUCACAAGUCCACUAAACUGGUACUAACAUAAAUGAAUCCACAGUCCCUAUAAUCAUUACUUGUUGUUCUAAUUUAUUUGUUGGACUUAACUUUUGAAUAAAAGAGAAAAAUAAAAUAUUUGGUCAGAUUUUGCUUACUAAUAAUAAGCCGUACUGGAAUGAAACUCUGACUGAACUUUUCAAAAAACUAAGGAUUUUCUUAUCCCAGGAGUAGAUUACCUUAGCAGUAUUUGGCACAACUUUUUGGAAUUUUGGGUCCUCAAUGCUCUUCAACUUUGUACUUGUUUGGCUUUUUAACUGUUUUGAUAUGAGCAUCACUUAUGAUUCGUAUGUAAAUGAAACACGCUUCUGGGGUAUUAAAUUAUAACCCUGGUACCUUUGAUAACUAUUUUGCACCAAGUAAAAAAUUUAUUUACUAUUAUUAUUUGAAAUGUCAUAACAAUAUAUUUAAAGGAUAGUAAGGAAUAACAAUAAAUAUUGAACAGUAUAAAAGACUCCAGGAACCACAAACACCCUUCUUUUUCUAUAAAAAAAAUGAUGGUGUUCAAUCAGCAACAAAUAGCAAGUAUCUAGAUAGCAUGACUUUAAAACAAGCAUAAUUAAGGUUUAAGCAGAAAAGAUAUAUUUUUUUUAGACAUUUUGUUGUUCCUCAUAUGCACCCAAUGUAUAAACAGACUAGGGUGGGAAUGUCAUAUGUAAAGUAUUUUGUAGUUUCUCUUGUGCAGUAGCAAUUUCUAUGCUGUUUCAGGAUGGUAACAUCACACAUUGAAUAUUAUUUUGUUACCAUCUGAAGUUAAGGUGUUAAAACUGUGAUAUUAUCUGUUAUAUGUAUAACCUCUUUUUUUCACUUGCUUAUGGGAAUGAAAUAAGUUCCUUUAAUAUUUUUUUUUCAGUUUCAAUGUUUGUGUAGCUUUAAUAAUAGGUGUUAAGAAAAGCAGAUAUUGAAUCAAUUGAUCCUAAAAUAGAAAACUUAGCAUUUCAUCAGUGUGACAGUAACCAAAACUCUAAAACCAAAAGAAAUGUAAAGGAAUGUUAUCACAGAAAAGCCUAUUGCAAAUAAAACAAUCCCUUUUUUUAAUCUUCAAUUGAACAGAAAAUGGUUUAAGUUUGGGUUUCUAGAAGGGUAACAGUUUUAGUCAGCCUAAGGUAUAUACUUUUUAAUCAAGUAUGAAAAUGUAUUAAAUUUUACUCAAGUAUGUAGCAUUGUAUAUCUUUUUUGUUAUUGAAUAUAUUUUGAUGUUAAGUUGCCCUUGCCAAUCAUCUGUACAUAUGGCUUUUUUUGUGCAAUAUAGUUUAUAUAAAGAACACUAUUACACGAUACUGUCACUUGGUAUUCAUCUUGCGUUGGUAAAUGAUAAAAGGGGCAAGUAUGCUAUCAAACAUUAUGUGGCAUCUACAAUUUUAAAUCUUAAAGCGCUUCAAGACCUUUCAAAUUGAAGAUGAAUUUUAAGUGCAAAAUUGAUAUUUUAAUUCCAUUAUGCUAAAGUAUGCCCGCUUAGUUUAAAUAUUCAAUUGAUAAUUUCAUUAUUACAUUACAAACGAUUCAUUAGAAGUAUAUUUCAAAACCUUUCUAACAACAUUUCCAUUUAUCCUUGCAUUCUCAAUAAAAAGGAAACACUGUGAUUUUGGACCUAUAAAUAUUCAAAGAGUAGUCAUAUAGUUGUGACUCUUAAGAUACAUAGUUUUGGCUUAUUUAUUUUUAUUUUUGUUAUUGUUUAUUACUUUAAUUGUUAUUUUUUUAAAGUAUCAUUUAAUUUACUGCUUAGUGAAUGUGAAAAUCUUAUUGUUAAUAUAUAUUGUUGUUUGUUUAUAGAAGUAUGCUAUAAGUGUGUUGAUAUUCUAUCUGCGAUGGAAUAUUUCAUUAUGUUUGCAAGCAAGUUUAUUCCUUUGUGAAAAAAUAGAGCAAAUUAAACAUCUCAGUAUAAUUUUAAUGAUAAAAUGUGUAAUAACAAA